AUAAACUUCCCUGUAUGUUUUAGGUUUAUAUAUUCAAAUGUGUAAUAUAUAUAUUUUGCAUAUUUUGGGUUAUUUUCCCUGCAUUAAUCAUGGGCAUGAAAUGAUUGGUUGUAAGCAUUUUCAUAAGUUGGAAUGUAGGUCGGGAUAGUCUGUUCACCUAACACACACAAAGACUUGGUGUUGUUUGCCAUACAACAACAACAAUAACAACAACAUGCAUUAUCCCCCUCCCUCCUCUCUCUUUGGAGACAGGGUCUUACCGUGUUGCCUGCACUGGCCUUGAACCUAUUGGCCUCCACCCUCAGUUUGCCGAGUGCUUUGAUUACACACCUGCCAACUUCCUUUAGAUUUCUGGCUAGGAAUGAAGAGCUGACAGCGCUCCUGGCAUAGUGUUCUGGUGCCAUAGGUGUCACGCUGUCUUGAGCCAAGUGAAAAUGGAAAAAAGAGAAACUCUGGAGGGCUUGGUCCCUCCAAAUGACCCACCCACGGUGGCCAACAGUAGCUCUUCCAGCAUUCCCCCUCAUGGAGCGUCUGGUUGGAGGGAAUGGGGGAGUCUGAGGCAUAUGUCCUUGCCAUAUACAUUUCUGUGGAGCUGUGUGUGGAUCUGGAGGAGCUCCAGAGGGGAUGCUCACGGUGAGAGAGGACACCAGGAGAGGAGCUGGGGUGGGAACUGAAGUCUACUGCAAAGCCAAUGAGGGAGUUGGAUUGAUCCUACUUUGAUGCACAUGGAAGGCUGAGCAGACUCACAGCAUUGUGCAGGGUGGCCGGAGACCAUACUAAUUCUGUCGACCAGCACAGACCCUUCUCAACCACUCUCCAGCCUCUACCACUCCCCAAACAUUUGAGCAAGAGCUUUACCUCACAUGGUAUGAGCCCGACCUGCACAUUCUUGCUCCAAGCAGGGAAGACGAACACAGAAGAAAUGUGCAGAGCCCAUUAACUCGCAUGGGUAAUUCGUGAGUCUCCCUGCAUGGGAGAAAAAGCCUUCAGACCAGGUUUCCAGGCCUCCUCCUGAGCAUAGCCACUGGCAUGUUUCCUUAAGGUAGCCCUGACUGAGCUCCCAAGGGCAACCAGCCGAACACCUCCAUCUGCUCCAGGACCUUCCUCUUAUUCUUAUUCCUCUUAUUCCUGCUAUUUCCAGACCUUCCACAAUAUUCUAAGAGAGCUCUUGUGUUUCUCGUUCUAACUGUGCCCUUUGUGGGCUUGGGAUGUAGCUCAGGACAGCAUCUGUCUAGCAUGUGCAAAACCCCAGGUUUCAUUCCUUGGCACUUAAAAAAGCCAGGACAAAGUAGGGUCUGAGCCAGGUGUGGGGUGAUACAUACCUGUAAUCCCAACACUCCCAGGAGGUAGAGGGGGCAGGAUCAAGAGUUCAAAGUCAUCCUCUGCUACACAUUAAAUUCAAAGUCAGAGUAGAUUAUAAGAGACCCUUUCAAAAAAAAUUAAUGUGACCCUCUCAAGGAUGUACAGUAUUUCUCAUUCAUGUCUUAGGUUGAUUUCCCCCGAGCCAAGGACUCAGGAAGCAUUAGUCUGGGGUUUAUCCCUAGGGGGUACUGGGCAGAAGUGGCAGAGCUGAGAUAAAAGAGGGAGCAGAAAGAGGUGAGUUAUCAAACCAUUCCUGCUGAGGGCAUGAAGGAUUCAGUCCUAGGUGGCCCUUUGCUAUUUCCAUUAAGGAUUCACCACUGGUCAAGGGUGUUCAACUGGGAUGAGUGACUGUUUGUGACAAUGGUCACUACCUGCGGUGGGCAGGGUGUGCUCUAGCAGCUUUGGAAGCUCCAGAGCAGAGAUAUAGGCAUAGCAACUGGAAGCCAGGCUGCCUUCCUGCUGAGCUAGAACAGCCAGGAGUCUGUGGGCAGGACGAAUGACACCACCGAUAGGGAGGGCCCCAUCAUGGGCUCAGGCUGGCCAAUGAACAGAUCUUCAACAAAGUACGGGCUCUGCUAGCUUUGGCCUCAAAGGCACAGCUCCUGUUUGUUCUCCAGAAACCUCAAAACACUGCCAUCCAUCGGAUGGGACUAUUUUAAGAUCAAACCCAGGAGGCCAGCACCCCUCACUUGAACAGUACAUUGUCGUUCCUGGACCCACAGUACCAGAUUCAUCGGCCCACUUGCUAAAAAUGUACACUUGUGGCUUCCACCCCAGACCUACUGAACCAAGAUCCCUCUGGUGGGAUCUGCACUUGAGAUCUACUGUUCAGAUUCUAAAUUUGAGAAUAACUCAACAGUUUCCAAAAUGGAGUGUGUGUGUAAAUACACUGGGGAUCAAACUCAGGUUAUCGAGCUUGGCAACAAGCAGUUGUACCCCUGUCAGUUGAUGAAUCCAUUCGGAAUGCUCUCCAUGAUAGACUCCCUAAGCACCAGCAGAAAAGAGGGCUGAGACCUCAGGAAAUGGUUUUAUCCCAUCCCCUCUGAUGAAUUCUUUGCUUUUCAGUAGUAUUAAUUAUAAAGUAUCCCUAAUUAUUGGUUACCAACCAUGGCACAAAGCCAGAUACCACAGUAGAAGACAACUCAAAGGACAACUGUGCAGGAUUUCACGGAGGACUUGUUUCCCUGUUUCCUGAGCUAAAUGUUUAAAUUAUUUUGCAUGUUCUGAGGCCACACGAGGUGGACAGGGAAGGUGAGAGUCUGCAUAUUGCAGUGAGUGGGGUAGGGGGCAGUAAAAAGGAAGGAAAUAAAAAGGCUGCCCUGGAAUUUUAAAUGAGUCAGGGAAAGUGUGACAAGUUGAGGGUGCAUAUUAGUCAGCUGGUGAGGGCAACCUUAACAAAGAUGGGGUUGGCUUAGUUGAGUAGGUGUGGUCAAGGAUUAGAAUGACAAGCAGCAGAGGUGGUGUCAUACCUGGUCUCACAGGCUGACGCUCUACAAGGUAGAUACAUCUCAUUACUUCUCAGCCCCUCCUGUCCCACCCUUAUACCAAGCCGCCACAGAAGGGCUAUCUCAGUAGUAUGACAUCACAAUGUGACCCAUUCAGGUCUUGGGACUGAUUUAUCCCAAGGGCUCAACAUAUAGAUUACUGUUCACACCGAGCUUACCACAGAUCCACAGUAAGGAGCCUGCUGCUUCCUGACCGACUGAACCUGGUGACUUGCCAAGCAUCUAAAACCUGAAUUGAUUGAAGUCAUUCUUUGCCAGUGUGUCCUCCCCAAGCAGCCCUUUAUGGUCCACAGUGCAGCCACUGAGAGAACUGCCUGUAAUCAGAGGAUCUUCCCUGGCAGGGAAGUCAAACCAAAGUCACUUGUAAAUAUCUUCACAUGAGAAUAAUUCGGAGUCAAGUUUAGGCCAAAUACAAAGCUACGAUGAUUGAUAAAGAAACGGAAAUAGGGUUACUGUGUCACACAGCACUUCUGGUUCUGGAUCUGUACAGAGUUAGAAUCAGGGUUUCAGGGACACACCUAUGCUCCCAUAUUCAUGCCAGAAAUUCCCACAGAGGUAAGAAGUCAGGAGUGACCAAAGCAUCUAAGAAAUGAAGACCAGGGAAAGUGUUGCCUGUAACUGAAUAUUAUCCAUCCUUAAAAAGAAGGACCAUGCUAGUACAAGCCACAGUAUAGGAGGACCCUGAAGACAUAAUGCUAAGUAAAAUUUCACAAAAGGAUGCUGGGAAAGUACACGUAUAUAAGGUGUCUAGAUCAACCAAUCCAUGGGAACAGAAAGUAAAUAAUUGAAGGCCAAAGGUUUAAGGGAAGAGUAUGGGGAGUCAUUGUUCAUGGGUAUGGGGGCUCUGUUUGUAGAAGAGGCCCAGAGAUGACUUGCACACCAGUGUAAAAGUACUUAGCAUUUCCAAACUACACACGUUAAAAGGGUUAAAUGACUACUUUAAAAACACUUUAUUACAUUGAGAUUGGGGCAUACAUGUCACAAAAACACAUGUGGAUCAGAGAAUAAGUCACAGAAGUCAGUUCUUUCCUCCUACCAUGUAGAAGGGACUCAGGUCAUCAGGCUUGGUGGUAAGAGUUUAUACCCACUCUGAGCCAUCUCACCAGGCCAAGAUGCCAAGUUUUAUGUAAUAACAUAAAAGGAAUACUUGAUAUAAUGUGGUAAUGUGCUCAAUGUAUGACCUAUUGGCCAGCCAUCCUGCCCUCUCUGUGGAGCCUGUCAGAAACGCAGAAUCAAAGGUCCAUCCCAGGCCUGUGGAGUCAGGACCUGAUGUCUUCAGCAAGGCCCCAGGAAGCUGUCAUUGGCUGAGCUUCAGGGAGGCCGAGCUCACCAUCCUGUGCUGACUUCUCUCCUGGCCAGUGACAGGGCCGGCUGACAGACAGGGCUCUCUAAAACCAGCUUUCAGAUCUAUCUUUUCUCCAAGGAGUUCUAAAACGAACGGGAAGAUAAGAAGGCAAACGAGAGGAGAUCUGCUUCGAAGAAAGAAGAUGGACAACAUGUCUCCCAGGCUGAAAGCCUUUCUCUCUGAACCCAUUGGGGAAAAGGAUGUGGCCUGGGUGGAUGGCAUCAGCUGUGAGCUUGCCAUCAACUUGGUCACCAAAGGUUUCAACAAGGCCUAUGUCCUGCUGGGACAGUUCCUUUUGAUGCACAAGAAUGAAGCAGAGUUCCAGAGGUGGAUCAUCUGCUGUUGUGGCGCUACGGAGUGCGAGGCCCGCCAGAGCUCCACCUGCUUGAAGGAGUGGUGUGCCUGUUUCCUGUAGAUACCCCUGACCUGGCUGCUCUACCCCCAAUAAAGGAUACACCCAUGCUACCUACA